UCUCGGAGUUAGCGAUGAGUACUGUAUCAACGGGAACAAAAUGUCCUAUGAUUGUUGUGGCUGGCAACUCUCACACGGAACUAGCAAACUCCAUUGCAAAACGUCUGGGCACUAGGUUGGGUGAUGCUUCUGUCUACCACAAGACCAACAGAGAGACAACUGUAGAGAUCAAGGAGUCUGUGCGAGGGAAGGAUGUCUACAUCAUACAGACUGGCACAAAGGAUGUCAACAAUGACAUCAUGGAACUGCUCAUCCUCGCCUACGCCUGCAAGACCAGCUCAGCUCGCAACAUCAUCGGCGUUAUACCGUAUCUACCCUACUCCAAACAGAGUAAGAUGAGGAAGAGAGGCUCUAUUGUCUGCAAGCUGUUAGCCACCAUGUUGGGCCGAUCAGGUCUGACACACAUCAUCACUAUGGACCUCCACCAGAAGGAGAUCCAGGCCUUCUUUGACGUCCCAGUUGACAACCUCCGAGCCUCUCCAUUCCUCGUUGACUAUGUUAAGGAGUUCAUUCCCGACUACAGGAAUGCUGUGAUAGUUGCCCGGAACCCCAACUCAGUGAAGCGAGCGUCCUCUUACGCAGAACGGCUGCGACUCAGUAUUGCCGUCAUCCAUGGGGAGGAGAAGAUUGAGGAGUUGGGAUGUGAUGGGAGGAACUCUCCCCCUCCCCUGCCGGAGGACGAACAGCUCCCAAGAAACCAUGAGUUCGGAAUAGAGACUCUGCCAACAAUACUAGCGAAAGAGAAGCCGCCCCUGAACGUGGUGGGAGACGUCGGCGGCAGGAUAGCCAUCAUUGUGGAUGACAUGAUAGAUGACGUGUUGUUGUUCGUGAAGACAGCUGAGGCUCUCAAGGAACGAGGAGCUUACAAAGUGUACGUUAUGGCUACACAUGGCCUCCUUUCAUCAGAUGCACCGAGACUCAUUGAAGACUCUUGUAUCGAUGAGGUGGUUGUGACAAAUACUGUACCUCAUGAAGCCCAGAAGAUGCAGUGUCACAAAAUCAAGACAGUAGACGUCAGCGUCAUGCUUGUCGAGGCCAUCCGUCGGAUUCACCACCGAGAGUCAAUGUCCUACCUCUUCCGAAAUAUUGGUGUAGAUGAUUAACUGUGUAUGAAUAUGAGGAAUGUCUUCAUUCAUGAUCUUGUGUUGACCUUUCUGUAUCCUACAGAGGUCAGUGUUAGCUAAAAUGGUCUCAUGCUUGAGAAAGUUUCAUGAUGUCUUAGAGUUAUGUCCCCUGUGUGUUCAAAAGUCCAAUAGGUUCCUCCUAAGUUUGUGUUAAUACCUGAAACAAAACUGCCUAAAAGUUUUCGAAAUAAGGAACGAAAAGAGGUCUUUGCAAAUACAGUGAUAUGAAAAAACAAUGUAGGUCAUCCCUUGGUUAGAACGCAGAAAAUACCAAGGGGGAGCUAUCAUUUCUGAGAGUGCUGUGUUACCAUGGUUAUAUGGGUAUUGAAGUGUGCCCUUAAUUCUUGUGAUUAAGUU